CCUUAAUUAUAGGUAUCCUUCUUCUCAUCGGGUCACCUUAUUCACUCCGAAUCACUCGACGUGUCCGACGCCUUUCGCCUAUUUUCCAUCGUCUCGGUCUGGAUGUUUUGAUCGAAACCUGUUCAAUUUAAAGCCUUCUACAAUAUUCACGGAAAUUCGAAAGGAGAACACUGGAUGUACGGACGUCUGUUAUGGAAACCUCGAGGAUGCAGCUUUAAGUUUAAACGCGCAUCGCACUGCCCGGGCCUCUUCCUCAUGUUCUUGCUGCGGCUUCUGCCUCGCGGUAACUUUUAUCAACAUCCUGUGGGGCCUGCCCUGGAUAGGUGAUUAUGACCCGACCGAGCCUUUGAAGAUCACCUAUCGAUCAUAUCUUGGCACUAGUUAACGGUAUAUAAGGAAGUCUAUACUGCCCAUGGUCCUCAAGGAUUUCCCCUCCUUCUAGCAACAUCGUUGCGAUGAAGUACGAGUCACGGAAGUUCAUCGACCUCAUUCAGGGCGUUACGUCCAAGUGGGUCAACUGGGAUCCACCAACACCGAUCAAUGUGGGAGACUAUGGAAUCAUCAACAACGAGACUGGAGAAUUCGACUGGGAAGGGAGCCUUUACACAACAACGAGCAGGAUCGGUAUUGACAUGAAGGAUCCGGCACUAUGCCCCACAGAACAGGGAGGGGAUGACAAAUACAUCGUCAAGUCGUGGGGUGUCACUACAAAGGAACUCAACGUAUCUGCUGAAGCCGACGUGCCGGGUGGAGGGAAUGUUGCCCUCAAAGUCAAUUUUCAGUUCGAUGGUAGAAAACCAGCAGCUGCGCUGGUUAUGUACAAGCCAAGAUACAUCAGCCUUCCCAAGGAUGAGCGCAUCGUCGAGCUGCUCAAGUCUAGGCCUGAUGUCCUCAAAGGGAAGUGCGUCGUCACUGAAGUGAUCUCUUGCGCAGCAUAUAUGAUGUACAUGUCUAAACAGACGGCGGAAAAUUUUUCCGUGACACUUAAAGCCACAGGACCUGUUACACCGGCUGUCAAUGCUGGAGGAGCGGCCAGUUUCACCUGGUCUUCAGAAACUUUUUGUGGUCUUUACCGCGAAGGAAGCGACUCGACCACAAAAUAUAUGCCUUUGUACAGACUAAAAAAGCCUCGUCACAGGUUUUGGUUGCUUCCCAGUCAACGCGGAGAUGAGCAAACUGAUGAUGCAAUCGAUAGGUGGGAGGAUGUCGACCCACCUUGGGACCCCCUCGACGAUGAGGGCGAAGAGGACGAGAUCUAUGAUGCAGUACGUUCUCGGUUUUUUUCAUUGGACUUGACUUGAUCUAUCUCUCUCGAACAGGAGAUGCAUGGUGACUUUGGCGUUUUCAAUGAUGGCUAUCCUGAUAACGAUGAUGACUUAUGAUCAUUCACAAAUGGUAUUAUCGCUACCCCGAAGGCCAAUUCGUGCCACUUUGUAUAUAGACGAGCGUCAUUGAUGGAAGAGUAUCAAGUUAACAC